AUGCUACUUACUGCUAAGAAAAAGGAAGUCUAUUAUACAAUAUUUUCUCAGAAUCCUUGCCUGGAGAAGCCUUGUCGCAAUGACGGCCAAUGCCUAUUCCAAAACGAUAUUCAAGACUAUCGUUGCACGUGCAAAAAAGGGUUCACUGGAAACCAAUGCCAAGUCAACUUAACCAGUGUCAACUUAACCAGUGUCAACUUAACCGGUGUCAACAUAACCGGUGUCAACAUAACCGGUGUCAACAUAACCGGUGUCAACAUGACCGGUGUCAACAUGACCGGUGUCAACAUAACCGGUGUCAACAUAACUGGUGUCAACAUAACCGGUGUCAACAUAACCGGUGUCAACAUAACCGGUGCCAACUUAACCGGUGUCAACUUUACUGUUGUCAACUUUACCG